AACCAGCUAACCCAGGAUUGCAAAUGUUAGAAAGGGCACCCACCUUCUGAUCUUCUAAAUCAAGGAAGCUGUUAUAUUGGAAACGCACACUUUGUGUGGCUUGUUUGAAAAAAUAAGAGACCAGUUGGUGGAUUGCCCAAACUAUGCUGCAUAUUUUUGUAGUACUCCCUCCUUCAUAUAAAAUGGUUCCACAUUUCAUCUUUGUUUGUCUGCCCCAAAAUAUGUUCUAUUUUCACUUUAAGGAAUUUUUUUAUGUUUUUUGAAAUUGCUCUCACUUUUGCAUUAGUUUAACUUUAAGUGUCAAAGUACACUUAAACUCAAUUUUGUGAAGGCUAUCAAUGCAAAGGAGCCAAAUUAAAAGUUAUCAAACCAUCCAUGUUUUCAUCUAGGGUCCAGAGACUCCCUGUUCGCCUGCUCUUGAAUCCAGCCAUAUCAUCGUCGUCUUCAGCAAGUCAAAUGGCAACUACUGCACUGGGCUGUUCAUAUUCUCCGUCGUCGUUUUCUUCCUCUUCUUCUGAUUGUUAUCUCCGAUAUAACAGUAGCAGUAAAUACGGGCCAUUAAAUUUCAAGCCCGACUUCGGCGGCAGUAGAUUCCUCUCCUUUUCCAUCUCCAGGAAACUGCACACAAGACCUUUCAAAGUGAGAUCAGUAGCUGCUCCCGCGGAGGUCACUACGGGGUUCGAUGAAAUGCUCUCUGGGACGCAGAGGAAAUACUAUUUGUUAGGUGGAAAAGGUGGAGUUGGAAAAACAAGCUGUGCUGCUUCACUUGCUGUUAAAUUUGCUAACAGUGGUCACCCAACUCUCGUGGUUUCCACUGACCCUGCACAUUCUCUGAGUGAUUCUUUUGCCCAGGAUUUGACUGGGGGAACGCUUGUACCAGUGGAAGGACCAAGCUCUCCAUUAUUUGCACUUGAGUUAAAUCCUGAAAAAGCCAAGGAAGAGUUUCGCGGUGCAACCCAAAGUAGUGGGGGGUCAGGGAUCAAAGACUUCAUGGAUGGAAUGGGCCUUGGGGUGCUUGCAGAUCAGCUGGGUGAAUUAAAACUGGGGGAGUUGUUGGAUACACCACCUCCUGGUCUGGAUGAGGCCAUUGCAAUUUCAAAGGUUAUGCAAUUCUUGGAAUCUCAAGAAUACAAUAUGUUCACCCGUAUUGUGUUUGAUACUGCCCCCACGGGUCAUACUCUACGACUCCUAUCAUUGCCAGACUUUUUGGAUGCAUCCAUAGGAAAGAUAUUAAAGUUGAGGCAGAAGAUAGUGUCAGCCACAUCAGCAAUAAAGUCCGUGUUUGGGCAGGAACAAGCUCCAAAACAAGACUCUGGUGAUAAAUUGGAGCGCUUGCGGGAGAGGAUGAUAAAAGUCAGGGAACUUUUUCGUGACACAAGUUCCACAGAAUUUGUCAUCGUAACAAUUCCUACGGUGAUGGCAAUCAGUGAAUCAUCAAGGCUGUGUGCUUCCUUGAAGAAGGAACAUGUUCCUGUCAAGCGGCUUAUUAUUAACCAGGUUCUUCCUCCGUCUGUUUCCGACUGCAAAUUCUGCGCUGUGAAGAGGAAGGAUCAAGCACGGGCUCUGGAUUCGAUAGGGAGCGAUCCGGAACUGUGUAGUUUGAUGCUGGUGCAGGCACCCCUGGUUGACGUUGAAAUUAGAGGUGUUCCGGCGCUUCAGUUUUUAGGCGAUAUCGUCUGGAAAUGAUCUGGAAAAACAAGACAAGUCUUGUAGUUUGAUGCUUCUGGUGUUCUCAGUUCUAAGCUGUUGUGUUUAUUUCAGUAAAGCAGAAGACAUCUGUUCUGCGUUUUUUUAUAACAGAUAGAAAGAAAGAAGCAAGCAAACAAACUUCACUUUGUGGCCUUGAAGAUGGAAAAGUGAUUGUAUAGAGAGCUUUUGCUCUGAGAUUUUUAAGUUUUACUAUAAUAUCGUUGAAAAAAAUUAUAGUGAAAAUAUAUUGGCUCGUAUUCC